GCGUACGCACACCACCGGCCGACCGAGUCCAUCUUGUCCAUGCCAUUCAGUCGCACAACUGUUGCUCGACCGACCACGCUGUUCGCGCCCCUCCCCCGCAGCAUACGAUCGCUAAAGUCGUACUAAACGAUCUCGUCAGAGUGAAAAUCUUAUCGCCCGCGAAUUAUAUAAUUUAAAAUAAAAUCUCUAGUACUCGCCGACGCUCUUCUUCGUUUUCAUUGUGUUCGAAUUCUACUUCUCUUCGUUCGUCAUCUCGCUGCAGCCGUCGGGUUCGCGUGGUCUUUUCUACGCGAGUGCGCGAGUUUACCAGUGCGCAACUUGUUCGUAAAUAUUUUUUUAUAUUAUAAAUCACGCGCAAGACGGACCUCAUCAACAUAAUUCUAUGACGCCACGAUGAUGCGAUCGGUGACCGAUGAGACGACCUCCGAAGCUACAACGAUGACUCCGACCGCGGUUGUUUUCGCCGUGUACGCGAACCGGAUAAUGCCGAAUUCUUACUGAACCCGACGUGACGUCUGAUUGCUCACCACGACUCACACACAUUCGUUGUUGUUAUUGUUGUUGGCGACAGGUUGUUUGACGAAGAAUAGACUAAUAACUGCAUUUGCGACGCGUGUCCCGGAGACCGCGUGGACACAUCCAUGGUCGUACUCUGACGAUUUCGCAGUGGCGACUCGCACCUCGGCCGCCGCCACCGCCACCGAUACUGAAGUCGACAUGACGUCGCGCCACGCUUUCCGCGGAUCGUGAGUGUGCCGGCUGGCGUACCGAGCUCGGAAAGCCAUGUGCACGGCGGCCACCGGAUGUUGGCGUGGCCGUUUUGUGUCGACAUGAACCGCGCCGAAGAGGUUCAGCUGUUUCGCAAGUCCAGGGAAGUCUCGCUGAGAAGCAACGGCAGUGGAACAGGCAACGGCGGGGCGAGCGGGUCGCCCGUCAUCGACAGGAUCGCGUCCACUGAACUGAAACAGCAACAGCAACAGCAGCAACAGCAACGGCCGCGCCUCGGAUGUGCGGGCGGCAACGUCGGCGGAGCCUGCGGUGGUGGCGGCGGCGGCGGCGGCCAACCGGAAGGGGACUGCGGCACCAACGACGAGCGGCGCCGGCAGCAGCAGCGGUUUGACGGUGGCAAACAAGAAGCCGUACCGGACCAACAGGUCCGGCCGCCGCACCACCACAGACGGAUGCCCAGGUUCGGCGAGGCGCAUCAUCGGCGGGUGCCCACGCCGCUCAAGAAGCGCCGGCAGCCGCGCGAGGACUUCGCCGAUCCGCCGACGCCGAGCAGCGACGCCGACGACGCGGCCAUUGUCGAGGUGGUCACCGCCGGCGGUGAUGCCAAACCACCCGCGCCGCCCGGCGUACCCGACCCAUACUACCCCAUUUACCUGCCCAUUGACCAGGCGUUCAAGGCCAAGUACGUGUUCCACCAGCGGAAGGGCAAGACUUUCCAGGAGAAGGUUUACGUGUUCCUCGAACACCCGUGCGGAUGGAUCUGCUUCAUUUACCACUUCGCUGUGUUCAUGGUCGUAUUGGUGUGCCUGAUUUUCAGCGUGCUAUCAACGAUCGACGAGUAUUCCGGGUUUGCGAACGAGACACUAUUUUGGAUGGAAAUUUGCCUGGUCGUGUUCUUCGGCGUCGAGUAUAUGAUACGAUUAUGGUCGGCCGGCUGCAGGUCCAAGUACAUGGGCACUUUCGGCAGGUUCCGUUUCGUCCGGAAACCCAUAUGCAUCAUCGAUUUAAUCGUUGUCGUGGCGUCAAUCGUGGUAUUAUCGAUCGGUUCCAAUGGACAGGUGUUUGCCACAUCAGCGAUUAGAGGCAUUCGGUUUCUACAAAUAUUGAGAAUGCUCCAUGUGGACCGUCAAGGUGGUACAUGGCGGCUUCUCGGCUCAGUUGUAUUUAUUCAUAGACAAGAGCUCAUCACUACAUUGUACAUAGGAUUUUUAGGUUUAAUAUUUAGCAGCUACUUUGUUUACCUCGCUGAAAAAGAUGCGGUCAGUAAAGAUGGAAAAUCAAGAAAUGAUUUUUCCAGUUACGCCGACGCGCUCUGGUGGGGAGUGAUCACUGUUACGACGAUAGGUUAUGGUGACGCAGUACCUCAGACGUGGAUUGGCAAGAUCGUAGCCUCGUGUUUCAGCGUAUUUGCGAUUUCGUUCUUCGCUUUACCAGCUGGCAUAUUGGGUUCUGGAUUCGCGUUGAAAGUACAACAAAAACAACGGCAGAAGCAUUUCAACCGGCAAAUACCCGCGGCUGCGAUGCUGAUACAAUGCCUGUGGAGGUGCUACGCGGCGGAUAAAUGUUUCAACAGCCAAGCCACUUGGGACAUUUACAUCAAGGAACCUGGACACCAGAAAGACAACUCGUCGUUGAGCAAAUCUUUGAUCAUGCAAGUAGCGAAACGCGCCAGCGUCUUGAAGCGGAAAAGAUCAAAAAGCAAAAUGGACACACCCGGAGCGACGAAUAAUAAUAGGGAUUGCCCGCAAGCUCAAACUUUACCCCCACCGCCCAGAAGGGAUAGUGACGGUGAAGUCGUUUUCUACAUAGAAGAACCCAAAGCGACUACUCCUAAUCGCGUAAGGAGAGAAGCUAGAGGAUAUGUCAGCCAGACGAGUUCCGUAACAGAAGCUGCCAGCGAUGAAGUCGACUUGGAAAUGGAACCAGAACGGGUGACCACGUUAACCGACGUACACAAAAAUGCUAUUCGAGCCAUUAGAAAGAUCAAAUAUUUUGUGGCCAGAAGAAAAUUUCAACAAGCUAGAAAACCAUAUGAUGUACGUGAUGUUAUCGAACAAUAUAGCCAAGGUCAUUUAAAUAUGAUGGUUCGGAUAAAGGAAUUACAAAGAAGGUUAGAUCAGACGCUCGGAAAGCCAGGAAGCUACCUAGCAGGAAUUGACCGAUCGGGCAAUGUUAAGCCUAUGACAAUUGGUGCUCGUUUGUAUCGGCUAGAACAGCAGCUAUCCAUUAUGGACAAGAAGCUGGAUCAGUUGGUGUACCUUUUAAACGUCCAGACGCACAGACAACAAUUUCCGGCUUUAGAAGAACAAGUUUAAACUUUUAAAGGAUUAUUUAAACGUCUCCUUCUCAUAGAUCACCUGACCAAUGUUAUUAUUUUAUUAAGAAACAAAAUAAACUUCUUACAAUCACGCAAAAUUAAUUUACACACAUAUCCGUUCGACUUAAAAAAGCUUUAUCUGGUAACUUUAUCCUUUCGAUGACGUGGACCACAUUAUUGGUUGUUGAAUAACAAAAACUUUAAUAAUAAUAAUAAUAAUAAUAACAAUAAUAAUAAUAAUACUAUAUAGACGAAAAUAAAUAUUUUUAUGAGAACCCUUGUCUGAAGCAUUCUUACGACGGAACCUAAUUUUAGGCUAAUGCACAAUAAAAUAUAAUAUAUUAUAAUUAUAUAUAAUUAUCGUUAAAUAAAUCUAAAACACUAUUUUUCUAUGUCUAUUUAAUACAAAAAUCGUACUUGAAUUAAUAUUAUAAAUAUAUUUAAAUAUUCUAAUACAAUGUUAAAAUAUAUGCUUUGUCAGUAAUUUAGUGUAAACCACUUAAACCGAAAUCUCUCGAAAACACUUUAAUAUGAAAUUAAUUUUAGUUAUUAGAUUUUUGUUUUUUUAUAUAACGACUGGUGAUUCCUUUAGGCUUAAUUAAUUCGAAUUUUUACAUUCUUAGGUUUACAUGGAUAUUAAUAUGUUGUAGUUGGUAAACAAAAUUGAGCUUAUAGAUGUUAGGUAUAGUUUUAAUCAAAUAAUCUGUUAUUUAUUGAAAUUAUAUUUAUUUAUGUGGGAGAGCGUAAACAUACUGCACGUGAUUAUUUGAUAGUAAUUCAAAAAGCAAUAAUUAAAAAUAUUUACUUGGUGUUCAAACGAAAAAUAACAAUAACGACGAAUCCAAACCCAAUAUAAUUUAAUAAACAUUAAGUUAGUUUGUUUUUAUUUUACAUUUCGAAAUCGAUAACUCCUUGUUUUAUAUAAAUCAUAUUUUCUUAUUUUAAUCUGUAAACCGUAUCCCUGAAAGUUUCCCGACGCGCACAGUGACCAAAAUUAGUUUGCAAAUUAAACAAUCAAGUAUAAGACUAAAAUUAAAACAUAUUUUUUUUCAUAAUAGAAUACUUUUUUUCAUUUUCUUUUUUUUAUUGGGACCAAUAAACUCCAAUAACAAGGAUAAUUUUAAAACGUUAUAUCAAAAAAUUCUAAAAAAAAAAAAAAUUUAUAUGACUAUAAUAAAAUUGAGUGUACCUACUGUAUUAUUAUGUAUAUUGAAAAAAUAUGUUCUCAUUUCAUUCGAACACCAAUAAUGUCAUAUAGUUUUAAUUAACUGUUAUAACUUAUAUUAGAUUGUAUAUUAUACAAAUCACAAUUUAAUGAAAAAUAGAUUUUACAUCUAAAAAACAAAUAAUAAUAAUUAAAACUUUACCUAACUGUCAAAUUUGACAAAAAAAGAAAUUGAAGUUAUAUUUUUUCACAAUUACUAAAUAGUAAAUUCGAAUGUAAAAUACUUAACGAUUUUUUCAUCAUUAUCAUUUAUACAUGAAAACAAUCCGUUAUGUUAAAUUUCGAAUCGGAAUGAGAUAUAAAAAAUAAUUUAUUUCUAUGAAAUUUAAUUUAAUUUACUGGUCCAUUGCUAUAUUAUAUUUAUGUACACUGUUAUAAAAUAAUAGGUUAUAACUAUUAUUAUUAACGCAAUAGUUGUUUUUUCUAUUGAACAAAAUCUAUUACGUUUCGUACAUAUUAUAUAGUUGUUUCUGAUAUUUUUGUCCAAACGAAUAUUUCACCAAACAUAAUAAUAUGGUCUAUGAGUUCUUAAAUUGUCUUUAUCCAAUCAUAUACUCUAAGUAUUUAUUUAGAUAUCUUAAUCGGUUUACAAAAAAAAAAAAAUAAUUAUUGGAGUUAUUUCACAGUUGGCACAUUGCAUUUUAAGCUGAGUAUCUAAAGGAAUAAAGUUUAUAAGAACACUAUUACAUUUCGCGUUUUACACUUUAUAUUUUUAUCUUUUUUUCCUAAAAAUAUUUUCAUGUGGAUCAAAUAUAAUAAAAUCCAAAAAAUUUUUGUUUUAACAUUUUAAAAACAUCUUACUGAAUAGUGGGUAUUCGAUUUGUUAUAAAUUGACCAAUGCAUAAUAUUGGGAAAACAUUUUGUAAAGCAAUCUCUAAUCUUGGGUCUAAAUAAGUGCCUUUAAAACACAGUUAGUAAUAAUGUUAUUAGUUUAACCUGAUAAUAUGGUUAUAAUAAUAAAUUUCAUUUUUUUCUCAACGUAUGUCUUCUAAAUUAUAUAUAUAUAUAUAUACAUAAAUAUAUAAUGUUCGUUUAAUCAAUACGACAAAAAUAAAUCAUUUUAUUUAACCUUUUUGUAGUAAGUACGACCUAUUUCUACCACAUUGUGAAUGUAUUUUUUAUUUCAUUCUAUAAAAACGAUAAUCAUUAAUAAAUAUUAUGAUGAUCAGUUCGAAUAUUACCUACAUAGGUUGAGGUAGUAUGAGUAUAAUAUAGGUAGUUUUAAAUUAGAUAACAAUUUCAAUUGUAUUGACGAAUUUUCUCAUUUACAGGUACUAGACUAAUAAAAAUAAUAAAAAAAAAAAAUUAAAAAAUGGAAAAAAAAUAAUAA